AGAACUCCUCCAAUUCUUGGGCCCUUUUCACCAUUCGUUAACUGAUAAGGAAAGCAACAUCUACAAUGGCCAGACGCACCAUCCAUAAGUACAGUUACUGCAAAGGACAUCUAAGUCCCAUCUCCAGAAAGAAGUCAAGUUCCAGCACCAGUUUGAGCCAUAGAAACUAUUCACUCUACGUAAACAGGGUCCUUAAAGAAGUUGUUCCCCAGAGGGGCAUGUCAUCUCGCACCUUGGAUUUCAUGAACACUCUGAUCAACGACAUCUUUGACCGCAUUGCUAAGGAAGCCCACCACCUGAUGCAUUUCAGAAAACGCUGUACCCUCACCCCUGAAGACAUUCAGAAGGCAGUAUACAUGCUGUUACCUGAGAGUCUAGCUAAGUACGCGGUGACUUUUGGAAGUGAAGCAGUGCACAGAUUUGUCCGCUCCUGAACUACCUGUACCAACUUAACUGAAUCUUGGGGAAAGUAAACUUACUACCCAACCUCUCAAA